AUGAGUUGCGAGGACGGCUACGAAAGCAUGGUGGAGGGCCAAAAGCCGGGACAACGACUGUCCAAAGUUACUUUCCAGGCUAUCGAGGUGUUGGCAUAUGCCCUUGCCAAUCUGGAUGGCUAUCUCCCUUCGGUUGCAAGUCUACAGGGUGACGUCUACCAUCAGAUCGUUGCACUUGUGCGAAUGCUUGCUGACUUCAACUUUGCUCAGAUGCUGCAGGGAGAGAAUAAUCCGCAUUCUGUGUGGCAGCUGCAGUGUGCCAGAGAAGACGAGGGCGAGGAUGUGUAUCGGACUUUCCUCUUCGUUCAGGUCACUGGCAGUAUGUCCUUGGCUGGCUCCAUGUUCCUGACCGAACCGAACGGGCGCUCCGUGAUGAAAGGGCUGGCUUGUUUGCACGACCUUACCGGUGUCGAUCCUGCUGCGGUGUACUGGAAUUACAUUUCCAGCCGAGCGGAAGCAUUGGACUUGCAUGUCGCGACCCCGAGAACCGUGCAGGCAUCUUCCUUGCAAGCCCUGGCAAACAGUUGGGAAGACUUGACCAAUCAGGAACAAGACUCAUUGCUGGAGCUUUUCCUGGCAGAUGGACACGAAGACAAAGCCUUCAUUCUAUUGUAUUUGCCCUUGUUCCUCGCGAAUGCAACGGCAAAUCCGGAACUCGGCCUCAGACAUGGCUUGCAGUUCCUGGUGGAGCUCCAUACGAAAUUGAUGACACACCGCUGUCUAAACCAGGAGGCCUCCACUGUGACAGUAGACAUAUCAUCUUUGGCAUCCGCAGCAAAGAGCAUUGACGGCGCCCGUCUCCUCAGACUGUGUCUCGAUUGCUCUCGGAUCGUCAAACACGGCACUGGUGUCACAGUUCUGCUGACCGCAGAGAGCUAUCAGUUCAUGUCAGGCCAGCUCGUAGACGAGGAUCGCAAGUUACAGAUGUUGGAGUUGGUGGCUGCGCAACAGCGUCGCUUGGAGGAUGCAUUGAUGGGCAGAAGACAGUCGGUGCUGGUGCAGGAAGGACAAUCACGACCUGAUACAGUAUUGUCAGAUGUGUUCUGA